AUAGCAUUCGCUUCAUCAAUCUUCCUCCGUCAAUCAGCGAAACAACCUUCUCUCACUCUCACACUCACUGCUCCACCAGCAACGUUUCCACUGCAUUUAGCCUUUCUCUCCUCCCUGUCUCCGCUCUCCCCUUCUAUGCUCUCAAUUUUGGCGAAUCGCGUUCAGAUCUGAAGCGGAUCGCACCAGAUCCGAGCAACAAUGGAGGAGGCCUUGGAGCUUGCGCGUGCCAAGGACACCAAGGAGCGCAUGGCCGGGGUGGAGCGGCUCCACGAGGUCCUCGAAGCUUCCAGGAAGAGCCUCACUGCCUCCGAGACCACGGCCCUGGUCGACUGCUGCAUGGAUCUCCUCAAGGACAACAACUUUAAGGUUUCUCAGGGCUCCCUCCAGGCCUUGGACUCCGCCGCCGUCCUCUCCGGAGACCACCUCAAGCUUCACUUCAACGCCCUCGUCCCCGCCGUCGUCGACCGCCUCGGCGACUCCAAACAGUCCGUCCGCGACGCCGCCCGACGCCUCUUGCUUACUCUAAUGCAGGUUUCUUCUCCAACGAUAAUUGUUGAAAGGGCAGGGUCUUAUGCCUGGACGCACAGAAGCUGGAGGGUUCGAGAAGAGUUUGCGCGUACCGUCACAUCUGCAAUUGGUCUUUUUGCUGCUACCGAGCUUCCCCUUCAGCGGGCUAUUCUUCCUCCGAUUUUGCAGAUGUUGAAUGAUCCAAAUCCUGGUGUUAGAGAGGCAGCUAUAUUGUGUAUUGAGGAGAUGUAUACACAGGCUGGGUCUCAAUUCCGUGACGAACUUCAGCGGCACCAUCUUCCUGCAUCCAUGGUAAAAGAUAUCAAUGCCAGGCUAGAAAGAAUAGAACCACAAAUUCGCUCUUCAGAUGGGAUUACAGGUAAUUUUGCUGCUGUAGAGAUUAAAUCAGCAAGCCUUAAUCCAAAGAGAAGUAGUCCAAAGGCCAAGAGUUCAUCAAGGGAGAUGUCUCUGUUUGGAGCAGAAGGAGAUAUUACAGAAAAACCUAUAGAACCUAUUAAAGUGUACUCAGAGAAGGAGCUAAUACGGGAAAUUGAGAAAAUUGCUUCUAUCCUUGUACCAGAAAAAGACUGGUCUAUUCGGAUAGCUGCAAUGCAGAAAGUUGAAGGCCUUGUUUCUGGAGGUGCUGCUGACUAUCCAUGCUUCCGGGGACUCUUGAAGCAACUUGUUGGCCCUCUAAGCACACAAUUAUCUGAUCGAAGGUCCAGCAUAGUGAAGCAGGCAUGCCAUCUAUUAUGCUUUUUGUCGAAGGAGCUGUUGGGAGAUUUUGAGGCAUGUGCUGAGAUGUUCAUUCCAGUUCUUUUCAAGCUGGUUGUGAUCACCGUACUCGUAAUUUCAGAGUCUUCAGAUAACUGCAUAAAAACGAUGUUGCGUAAUUGUAAAGUUGCCCGUGUGCUCCCUCGUAUAGCUGAUUCUGCAAAAAAUGACCGUAGUGCAAUACUUCGUGCAAGGUGUUGUGAAUAUGCACUAUUGAUAUUGGAAUAUUGGGCUGAUGCUCCUGAAAUACAGCGAUCAGCUGAUCUCUAUGAAGAUUUUAUAAGGUGUUGUGUCGCAGAUGCAAUGAGUGAGGUACGAUCAACUGCAAGAAUGUGCUACAGAAUGUUUGCAAAAACUUGGCCUGAGCGUUCCCGGCGCUUAUUUUCAUUGUUCGAUCCUGUCAUUCAAAGGAUAAUAAACGAAGAGGAUGGAGGCAUGCAUAGGCGACAUGCUUCUCCUUCCAUCCGUGAUAGAGCUGCACUAACUCCAUUUACCUCUCAAUCAUCUGCUCCCUCGAAUCUACCUGGGUAUGGAACUUCUGCUAUUGUUGCAAUGGACAGAAGUUCAAGUAUACAGUCAGGGACGUCUGUGUCUUCUGGACUACUUCUGUCACAAGCAAAGUCACAUAGUAAAGGUAGUGAACGGAGUCUUGAAAGUGUUUUGCAUGCUAGCAAACAGAAGGUCACUGCCAUCGAGAGCAUGCUUAGAGGUUUGGAUUUGUCGGAGAGACAUAAUUCUUCAACACUCCGAUCAUCAAGUUUGGAUCUAGGAGUUGACCCUCCAUCAUCUCGUGAUCCACCGUUCCCUCCUGCUGUCCCAGCUUCUAACCAUACUUCAAGCUCUUUAAUGCCAGAGUCAACUGCCUCUGGUAUCAGCAAAGGUGGUAACCGAAAUGGCGGCUUAGUUUUGUCUGACAUCAUAACCCAAAUUCAAGCUUCUAAAGUUUCUGGUAAAGUGUCAUCUCGAAAUAACGUGGCAAAUGAUCCUUUGCCGGCAUUUUCAUCAUACUCAGCUAAGAGGGCUUCUGAAGAGAAUAAUGACGUGAGGGAGGCUAGGCGAUUUAUGAAUCCCAACAUUGACAGGCAGCACGUGGAUACGCCGUACAAAGAUGGGAACUUUAGGGAAUCGCAGAACAGUUAUGUUCCCAAUUUUCAGAGGCCGCUUUUAAGAAAGCAUGUUGCUGGACGGAUGUCUGCAGGCAGGAGAAAGAGUUUCGAUGACAGCCAGCUGUCACUUGGGGAGAUGUCAAAUUAUGUAGAUGGUCCAGCUUCACUUAGUGAUGCUCUGAGUGAAGGACUCAGUACAAGUUCUGAUUGGUCUGCUAGGGUUGCUGCUUUCAAUUAUCUUCGGUCUAUGCUGCAGCAAGGCCCAAAAGGUAUUCAAGAAGUAAUCCAGAAUUUCGAGAAGGUAAUGAAGUUGUUUUUCCAGCACUUGGAUGAUCCCCACCAUAAAGUUGCACAGGCUGCUCUCUCAGCACUUGCAGAUAUUAUUCCAUCUUGCCGGAAGCCGUUUGAGAGUUACGUUGAAAGGAUCUUACCUCAUGUUUUCUCACGGUUGAUUGACCCAAAAGAGUUAGUUAGGCAAGCAUGCGCUACAACUUUGGAAAUUGUAAGCAAAACUUACAGUAUAGAUUCUCUUCUACCGGCUUUGCUCCGGUCACUAGAUGAACAGCGAUCACCAAAGGCCAAAUUAGCUGUUAUUGAUUUUGCUAUCAGUUCCUUUAAUAAGCAUGCAAUGAAUUCUGAAGGCUAUAGCAAUUCUGGUAUUCUCAAGUUAUGGCUUGCUAAAUUGACUCCUUUGGUCCAUGAUAAGAACACUAAGCUUAAGGAAGCAGCUAUUACAUGCAUUAUAUCUGUUUACUCCCACUUUGAUUCAACAGCAGUCCUGAAUUUUAUACAUAGUUUGUCAGUUGAAGAGCAAAAUUCCUUGAGACGAUCUCUUAAACAGUACACUCCUCGCAUUGAAGUGGACCUAAUGAACUCUUUGCAGAACAAGAAAGAGCGACAACGAUCUAAAUCUUCUUAUGAUCCAUCUGAUAUUGUUGGAACAUCCUCUGAAGAAGGAUAUGUUGGUGCAUCAAAGAAGAGUCAUCUCUACAGUAGGUAUUUGGCUGGUUCCAUUGAUAGUGAUGGUGGGAGGAAGUGGGGUUCUACCGGAAAUAUUGGUCAAGCAGUUUUUGAUGAAACUCACGAGAACCUUUGUCAGAGUUUUGAUAGCGGUUCUAAUGCUGAUGUUCUUGGUUCCAAAACCAAGGAGCUAUCUUACACAGUCAAUGCUACUGGUCAGAAUGUGGGCUCUUGGUCAAGCCAUGUAGAAAAUGUUGACAAUAAUGUUAAUGUGGAAGGUUUGUCUACUCGUCCGGACAAUAAUGGUCUGAUGAGAUCAGACUACUUGGGGAAUGCAGAUUUCUUGAGCCAUGCCAAUGAAGCUCCAACAGAGUUUGACCUUAACCAUUAUAAACCAAAAGCUGUUGAUAUUAGUGGUGUGCCAGACACAGAACUAAGCAUUCCUCAAAUUCUUCAUCUGAUAAGUAAUGGGAAUAAUGAGAGCCCUACGGCAAGUAAGCGCGAUGCUCUUCAGCAAUUAACCGUAGCUUCCAUGGCUAAUGAUCACUCAAUUUGGACUAAGUACUUCAAUCAGAUUCUGACAGUUGUGCUUGAGGUGUCAGAUGAUUCUGACUCCUCAAUUCGGGAACUUUCUCUUUCAUUGAUUAUUGAGAUGCUUAAAAACCAGAAAGAAGCAAUGGAAGAUUCUGUUGAGAUAGUGAUUGAGAAGCUGCUUCAUGUUACGACGGAUAUUGUUCCAAAAGUUUCAAAUGAAGCAGAGCACUGCUUGACUAUUGUAUUGUCUCAGUAUGAUCCUUUCCGAUGUUUAAGUGUUAUUGUUCCUUUAUUGGUUACUGAAGAUGAGAAAACUCUUGUUACUUGCAUAAACUGUUUGACCAAGCUUGUGGGUCGGCUUUCACAAGAGGAGCUGAUGGCUCAGUUAACCUCAUUUUUGCCUGCUCUUUUUGAAGCGUUUGGAAAUCAGAGUGCAGAUGUUCGCAAGACUGUUGUUUUCUGUCUAGUGGAUAUUUAUAUCAUGCUUGGAAAAUCAUUCUUGCCAUACUUGGAGGGGCUCAACAGCACACAACUGCGGUUGGUUACAAUAUAUGCUAAUCGAAUCUCACAAGCUAGGACAGGCACUGCAGUAGAUGCUAGUCUUGAUAGCUGAGUUUGAUUUUAAAGGAUAUUGUUGGUCAUGGGUGUUAGCUUAUUCAUUGUUGUGUAUUUUGUAUAUUGUGUGAAAUGCAUUGCAUAGGUGGGCUCUCUUUGUUUUUCCCCUUUUUUGAUUCCUAUUAUUAUUUUCUUUUGUUUUAUUUGUUUGUAUGGUUUCUGGAGGAACAGUGCUUUUGGUGUGGUAGCAAAUAUUGCAUUGUAUUAUGGUGCCGAUAUUGUAAUAUAAAUUCUUAGAACAUAUCUAUGAUAUGGAGAAGAAGGUUUUGGAAGAAAA